GGCAAAGUUUUAGAGAAGAAGUGAAUAUGGAAGCCAUGGCAGAGGGAGCUUCACCAUCAUUGCCCGACCUUGUACUGUCGCUGGAGCAAGCAUCGUUCAUGGCUAAGCAGCUUCCUUCCACCUCUAACCCAUCCCAUCUCCUUCAAAUCUACAAUUCUCUACACCAAGCAAACCACAACCUCUCCAUUUUCCUCUCCGGAACCCAGUUUCCCCAAUCUCUCCCUCUCCCUCGACCUUCCCUGAACGAAAAUUCCCUCUCCUCUGCCACCAGCGCCGCCUUCAACGACGACGGGAACGAGCCGAUGCAGGUCGGCGAUGACGAGCAGAACUCCAAGGGCAGCAUUGAAAUGGUGGAGGAGAAGAUGAAGGAUUGCUUCAUCAAGAAUAAGCGGGUUAAGCGUCAACUCUCGCCGUCGACGGCGGCUAUGGCGGAGGAAAGGCGGUUACAUCGCGAUGAUCGGUUCGGUGCCACAUCGAAAGGUUUCGAUCCUCGUGUUGAGAGAUUGCGAGCGUUGGACCUUAUUUCCCAGUUUCAUGCGUGAGUGACGGACUACGUUCCCGAGUUUGGAAGAUUGAGAUAGAAGAGUUAAAUCGCAUUCCGUGAUGGAGAUGAAUUAAGAGUCCCGACUAGGCUAUAUGCUAGAGGGAACUCAAUUUCCAUAAGAAGGUGCAUGGAUCUCAGUACCAAUAUCAAGGUUGAAGAAUAAUGUAACGAGGGUCAAUGUGUUCAAGGUUUCUUGCCAGUUUCUUUGGGAAUUAGAUUACCAACCGAGCUAUUUUCCCAGAGGUCCAAGCCAUAUCGAUGCUAACAGGACACCACUGUGCCUUCAAUGAGUGUCAAUAUGUUAAUGCUGUAUGGGAAUGGAAUGGAAGGACUACUUGUUGAAGAGACAACAACACAGCUGAUUUCUUUUGUGCACAGAAAGAAGUAGAGUGUUGGAGCACGACCAACUGCUACACAAGGCUGAGGUUGACUUCUCUGUACUGAAAUCCUGUACAUAAUUGUAUUGCAUUUUUCUUCUAUGGCCAGGUAUUGAGGUCUCACUCAUUGCAUUAUGCUCAUGGCCUACCCUACUAAUCCCCGAAGAUGCUAUGCCUUCCAGAAGACAAUAAGGAUUUUAAUUUACCUAGGUUUCGGUUCUGUGUUUUCUUCCUCUGUAUAGUCUCCAUUGCGUGCUUUGAAUAGUACAAUGCAUAUUUUUCUUGAUUUAGACCCUAUGUUGCAUAAUUUCCUCUCGUGACAGUUGAAAAUAAAUAGAUAUUGAUGAUAAAUAUCAAAUACACUAAUGUUUUGAUGAAAUUGCAAGGCCACCUGCACCCUUAUAUCUUGUGGAUGUCGUUUAUUUUAGUCUUUCGAAAGAGCUGCAAGUUGCCAAAAUUUUCCUUGAAAAUUUAUUUUAUUGACAAUUUCAUUCAUUGGAUGUGAUAUUUUAUUAAGACAUUUCACAUUGUUGUGCAUACCUAAAUAUCUUGACAA